CGAUUUUCUGAUACGGUCCUUCGGUGGUAGGUGCGAAGUCAUAUUUCUUCAACAAGCUCGCAUAACUCUUCAUGCCCGCCUUCUCGAAAUUCGGAUUCGACUUGACAUUGAUCCGCUUGAGUUCUUUCCCCUGCUGCGACGCCAUCGAUAUGCCGGUUUCAAAUGACGCAGACGCUCGCAGAGAGUUGUACGGACGUCUCGUGGGGUGUGACGACUACGGGUUGUUCGUUGGAAGUCGCGCUUCAAUCGCUCGCGUGCUCGGGCUAGAGCUUCUUGGGGCGAAUAGUAGGCCUGCUGAGGUCGGAGUGGCCGGGGAGGUACGCGAUGAUGAGGGCGACCGAAGAAACCGUGGUUCUGAGGCUGGAUAAAGGCAAACUUGGCGUCGGGAGCAGCGUGCAGAGUAGAAAACUUAGGAUCGGGACCAAAAGGACUGAGGGCGUUAUGAAACCG